AUGGAUUCCUUCCAAUAUUUUGGUGUUAAUGUGACUGAUUUAAAAUCAGCUAUACAGUCUAUGAGAUAUCAUAGUCAAAUGAUGCAAAAGUAUAUGGCGCUACAUUAUCUUGCAAACAAUAUAUUAAACAAUGAGUUCGGAGUUCAGUCGCUUGCAAAGAGAUCCGGAAUACCAUUUAAAAAUAACGGUUCGAAUGUAGAAAAUAACAAAAACGCAAUACAAGGAGUGAAUCAUUUCUUAGAGAAAGAAGGACUUCCGCAAUAUGCAUCAUGGCUUAAAAAAAUUGCUAUUUUAGACGACAUUCAAGAUCAAAUGAGUUUUCAUAGUAACAAAAACAAAUUGCGAUCCAAUUACCACAAUGAAUGGCUUAAAAGAUCAACUCCUUACACUGAUAACACGUUUAAUGUUUCAGAAUUUGAUGAGGGAGAUAUAACAGGCUAUGCUUUUAACUCGAACUCUAAUGAUAAUAAUAAUAAUAACAGCAAAUUAUGGAAACUUUCUUCAAACAAUCAUCCACCUUCAGCAAAAUUUUAUAAAAGAGGACUUGAAAAAAAAUAUAGUGAUUACAGAAUCAAACCCCAUUUAUUUCAAUCUGAGUAUUAUUCAACGGAGAGCCAGCAACAACCGUAUAAUAUAGGAAAGUCGGCAACUAUACAAGCACUCAAAAAGGAAAUAAGUUUAAAAGAUGUUACAGACAUCGCUCUAACAACAUUGGCAUUUCUGUCAUUUGGAAUAUUUAUGCUACAGGUUUUAAUGUGCAUAACAGUGAACAAAAUUGAUACAACCAGUUUGAUGAUGCUACCUAUAGAAGCUACUGAAGUAACUGAGGCUAGCGAUGGAGUUGAAGAAAUACGACGUAGACGACGUUCUGUUUCUAACCAAAAUCAAUUGAUUUAUAGGAUUAAUAAUAUAUGCAAAAAUGCGCUUUUGACAAUUAAUUCGGAAUUAUUUGUUACUAAUGAUAACGGUUCCUGUCGAAAUUGGUUGAUGUGUGUAAAUAACCAAGAAGCAAGACAGCAACGUAAUGGCCAAGCGUUUUGGAUUCCUAUAUGGAACUACGCCUUGAGUUGGUUGACAACCCAAAUUAAUGCAGACAUACCCUAUCCGCCAAUAACACACACUUUAAAGUCUAUAGUAGUUGGAAUAAAGAACAAAAAUUGCGAUCAAUACUUUAAAAAAAAAUGCAGCGGAUUACGUUAAAAUAAUAGAUUACAGUAUAUACUGUACCUAUGUUUCUUAACACAGCAAAUUACUUUAUUUGUUUGU